AUAGCUUAUGGGAUUUUGGCUAUAGGGGCAGUGGGGGCAGAAUGGAACAGGGGGCAUAUUGGGCCACCAUUGGUUUUGGGCUUCAGAAUGGAUUUAGACCAGCUGUAAGGCAAGGGUCUUACAAAGAACAUCAAAUAACAUGACCAUACCAAAAACGACGUUUGAAUUCAUUGUAUUUUCGAAUUAUGAGCAAAAAUGUAAAUUUAUUGACAAAACCACGCAAAUGUUGUUUAUUUCGAGGUUUUUAAAUAAGCUUCCUGAAAAGUUGGUUUAUUUGAAAACGUUUGUUCAAAGUUUAUAAUGUCACUAGAGGUUUCUACCAAGGUUAACAAACAACAACGGAAUCUUCUAAUCAUUUAGAGGCUUGGUGGUGGAAGUGUUAAAUUAAAAUCCACUUGGGGGCAGAAUGGACCACCCUUUUCCUGCCUUAUACAAACAAUCAAAAGAUACGAAAUUCGAGCUAAAUGGAUUAUUUCACUCCUGGUAGCUUCACAAAUCACGUUUAAUGCAACAUUAGUUGAUUUUUUACUUGUUUUGAUCCUUAUUUGUAAAAAUAGUGUCUUAUUAUAACAUAUUAACACUAUUUUCAAAAAUGUUUGUUUUGGUAAGUGACUAUUUUUAUAAAAGUGGUCUUACUCCAUGGAAACUAUGUUAGAAAGGUCCCUUAAGUCAUUUCUUAUCUCCCUUCAACGUUGUAUUAGACGAAAUGGCUUGUUUUCUAAGGUGGCCCAUUCUGCCCCGCAGGGUGGUCCAUCCUGCCCCGCACCCUGGAAAAGUAGUCGAAAAACACAUUUUUUUAAUUGCAUCAAAAAUAGUUUUUGAUUUGAUUUGAUUUGAUGUGAUAACCAACAGGGCCACAAGGAUAACCUAUGUAGCGGUUGCCUAGAAUUACAGUGGCUCAGACUUAAAACAUUUUUUUAAUGCGCAGUUUUCUCAGAUUUCGGUCAUUCGAUUUUUUUUUGUAUUUUUUAAUCCGACUGAAACUUUUUUGGUGUCUUCGGUAUGCCCAAAGAAGCCAUUUUGCAUCAUUAGUUUGUCCAUAUAAUUUUCCAUACAAAUUUGGCAGCUGUCCAUACAAAAAUGAUACUUGAAAAUUCAAAAAUCUGUAUCUUUUGAAGGAAUAUUUUGAUCGAUUUGGUAUCUUCGCCAAAGUUAUAGGUAUGGAUAAGGACUACACUGAAAAAAAAAUGAUUCACGGUAAAAGAAUUUGGUGAUUUUUAAUUUAACUUUUUGUCACUUAAACUUGAUUUGCAAAAAAAAACUAUUUUUAUUUUUUUCUAUUUUCUGAUAUGUUUCAGGGAAAAUCAAAUGUUAACUUUUCAGAAAUUGCCAUAACGAUUUUUUUUCAAAAAAUCUUAACAUUGGUCGCAAAUUUGUUAGCUUCAUUUUUCGAUGUAAAAUCGAAUUUGCAAUCAAAAAGUACUUUAGUGAAAUUUUCAUAAAGUGCACCGUUUUCAAGUUAUAGCCAUUUGAAGUUAACUUUUUUGAAAAUAGUCGCUGUUAUUCAUUUUUUUAAAUUAGUGCCCAUGUUUGCCCGUUCUUGAAAAAAUAUUUUUGAAAAGCUGAGAAAAUUCUCUAUAUUUUGCUUUUUUAACUAUGUUGAUACGACCCUUAGUUGCUAAGAUACUGCCAUGCAAAGGUUUAUAAACAGGAAAAUUGAUAUUUUCUAAGUCUCAUACAAAAAUUCGUGAAAAUUUCCGAUCUUUUCGAAAACGAUAUUUUCAACUCUUUCAAAUCAAGACUAACAUUUCAAAAGGGCUAAUAUUAAAUGUUUGGCCUUUUUGAAAUUUUUAGUUUUUAUUUUAAAAAAAUAAAGUAUCGUUUUCGAAAAGAUCGGAAAAUUUCACGAAUGUUUCAUAUUUUAACAUUGAAAAUCGGACCAAUAGUUGCUGAGAUAUCGACGUUAGAAAAUGGUGGGUUGUUUGGGUGAGACUUAGAAAACAUCAAUUUUCCUGUUUUUAAACCUUUACAUGGCAAUAUCUCAGCAACUAAGGGCAAAAUGUAGAGAAUUUUCCCAGCUAUUCAAAAAUAUUUUUUUAAAAGGUGGGCAAACAUGGACACUAAUUUUAAAAAAUGAAUAACUGCGACUAUUUUCAAAAAAGUUGCCUCAAAAUGGCUAUAACUUAAAAACCGUGUACUUUAUCAAAAUUUUAAUAUAGUACUUUUUGAUUGCAAAUUUGAUUUUACAUCGAAAAAUGAAGUUGAUAAUUUUUUGCGACCAAUAUUUCGAUUUUAUGAAAAAAAUCAGUAUUGAUACAAAAAAUCAUAACUCGGUCAAAGAUUUUUUGCCCGUUCUGGAAAUUUCUGAAAAGUUGACAUUUGAUGUCCCCUAAAACAUAUAAAAAAUAAAAAAGUGUUUUUUUUGCAAAUAAAAUUUUAGUGACAAAAAGUUAAAUUAAAAAUCUUCAAAUUUUCAAGUAUCAUUUUUGUAUGGACAGCUUCCAAAUUUGUAUGGAAAAUUAGAUGGACAAACUAAUGAUGCAAAAUGGCUUCUUUGAGCAUGCCGAAGGCACCAAACAAGUUUCAGCCGGAUUAAAAAAUACAAAAAUUAAAAUUAAAGAAAAAAGACCGAUUCCGUAGAGAAUUGCUCUUCUUUCAAAUGCUUUUUAAUCGAAGCUCGUCUAGAGGCGGGGUUAGGUUGUAGAGGGUUAAUUGCAUGUUUUCGUCGUGUUUGGACAGCAGCUGGUGGUUCUCGAGGGUUUCUGUUUGAGCUCGCAAAAAAGUGACCUCCACGUAGGUCACUUAGAGAUGUUUCGUUCAAGAGUUCUGUUUGGAAUUUUGUCGGUGCUGCUGAUCCGUGGACUGUCCGCAGAUCUUCCGGGAACGCUCGGAACGCUGCUAUCGGAUCUGGUCCGCUUGGGCGAUGAUCUCGUACGGCAGGACAGCGUUUCUCGGGUGGAGUUUUGGUUUUUCAGGGCAGCGGAUAUCGAUUCAAACCUAGAAUAGCUACUUGGAAGAUUAGCUGCAACGGAACCAUUCAAUUUGUAUCCAAAAUUAUUGCUUGAUGAUUUUGGGGAUUUUGAUGAAGGAGUCGCUGGAAUUCCAACGUUGGUCGUGGUAUUUUUGGGAGAAAAUCAACAGUGCGGAUCGCCUUUGCUUGUACACUUGGAGAAGGUUGAUACUACGUCUCGAGUAGUGGUGAUUUUUCCGUACAUUUUACCGAGUUUAUUUGAACAUCUACUACGAUGCUUCGUCGAACAUCGAUUGUUAAAUGUUCUUUACGUGGCCGUACUCAAGCAGUCUAACAAUUACACAUUUCUCAACUAUAUAUUGUUUCGUGAGAUAUUCCAGGAGUUAUCUCGGUAUGAAUCCGUUCAGCAAGCGUUUCCUGAGCAAAAUGAUUUUGUCGGGUUGACCGCAAAAGCCUGUGCGCAUCACGCAGAAAUCUGGACUAAGAUUGACUUAAAACUAGCAAAUCUGGUGAUAAACCGAAUGAAUGGAAGUCUUCAUGUUGAAAUCAUAGAAUGUCAACCUGGAGAAACCAUUUCAGAUUGCAACGAUCGUCUUUUUGACCCCCGAUUGUGUUCGUUCAGUAUUGGUCGUUGGUUUUCAUCGACACCAAAAUAUUGCGCUCCGUUAAUUCCCAUGCACAGCUUAACAAUUAUGAUUCCCAAUGGAACUCCACUGACCGAGUAUGCGCUACUAUUAUCGCCGUACUCGAAAUCAUGCUGGAUCAUUAUUUUAUGCUUCACCUUCAUAAAUGCUUCGUUGAUUCGCAUUUUGUGGAGGCGAUCUAUCGUGGAAUCGCUACUUCUAACCAUUUGUAAACUCAACGGGUCCAGCCUCAAGCACAAAGCAACCUUGGAAAAACUGGUCACCCUAGCCGCCAUCCUAGUUGCGUUCAUUAUUCUUGCCGCAUACGAAGCAAAGAUCUCUUCCUACCUUGCAAACUGGCCCUAUCGACAGGAUGUAAAAACGCUUCAGGAUCUCCGCGAAGCGAACAUUCAAGUACUCAUAGAUUCACAUUCCGUGCUAUUAGCAAACGAAAAAGAUCACUGGCUGCGGAACCGGCUCGUAACGAUGGACAGCAAAUCCCUGCUUGCGACAAUAACAACCGCGAACAACGUGGCCUUUGUGCUAGAACGCUAUUCCGCGAAGAUAAUUCUAAGGCAAACAACUUUUAUCGAUGGCCUAGCAAACCGACCCCGUUACGUGAUGCUCGAAGAUCCCGUAGACACCAGCCUAACUUUUUACAACUUUGGCAAUCGAAAUUCAUUCUUUGCUCGGUUUGUUCAGCUGCAGAACAGGAUCUACGAAGCGGGCCUGGAUCAGCACUGGAUGGAGCUGAUCGUGGCUUCGUUGUCCGGCUUGAAAAACAUGGAUUCCACCCCGAAAAUGAUCCAGCUCGAACAGUUGCAGCAUCUUCAGUCGAUACUGUUCUUUUUGUGGUUUUGUAGCGUAUUGGUAUUGCUGCUGGAGUUGGGUUACGCUCGGAUUAGAUCGUUAUUUUUAAGGAUUGGGCAACGUCGAAAAGUUGAAGUUAUGCAUCCGCGAAUGCGAGCAUUUACCUACCCGUUUAUGAAACAGGCAAGAUGGAAGAAAACGAACAGAAAAUCAAUAUAAUUUAAACAUUUUUUAAGCAAACAUAAUUGGUUAUAUUUGGGGCAAACUAAAAUUGAUAACUAUUUUGGCGAGGACUGCAUAUAAUCGAGUACGAACUGUAUUAAAACAAAUCUUUUAUCCCAAGAUCUUAAAAUUUUUAAUUUUUGAGUUUUAAAAAGUCAUAAUCUAAACAUUUGAAUGAAAAAAGGGUUUUAAAAUGCAUUUUACACUAGUUCAGUUGUUUUGCAAUCAUUAGUUUUAAAAAAAUGUAAUAUUUGAGGAAAACAAAAAUUAUAACAAAAAAAAAAUUUGCGGUUCUGUACAUCGAAAAUUUUUAAAAAUUCAAAAGAUUUUUCAAUAAACCCAAACAUGUUGAAAAUGAUUCUAAACGCAGGGGAAUGCGUUUUAAAUUGAUUUCAGCUGAUUGCACUUGAAUUUCCAUUGAAAUUUCGAAGUUUUAAAAAAUAUAUUUUUUUUCUCCCUGAUUUUUCGGGCCGAUUUAAAAGG